CCAAAACAAGGCUGCAAACAAUACGGAGGCUUCCUCUCAGGCGGCAGGAGUGCGACGAAAUAACACGGAAUCUCGUCACCAUGACUACAGCAGAUGUGCUUUUUCAGCUGAUGAAAGCGACUGAUCUGCACCGCUCGAGCUCUUGAGGUGAGCGCAGCAAAGCAGCGUGCUGCAUCUAAAACGAACAUGGCGGAGCGAGUUCAUAGACAGCCACAAAAAGGGUGAUAGGUAGCCACUGGCUCGUUCACGUAACCCCAUUAGGGUCUUUGGACCCCAACGCCUCAGCGGCAACCAAGAAGCCUCAAGGGAGGUGAGUAAUGCCAUGCCAUGCCAGAAAGCGCUCACUCUACUGCUUACGCACUCGCCCGCGUAGCAUGUAAUCAACAGUGAAGAACGUGCUCCCCCCCUCAGGCCAAAAUCUUGGUCGACCUUUGGACGCACGAAAUGGCUCACCAUAACACCCUUCUUCUCCAAUGCUUUCAGCUGAUUUCCACUCGUGCGUAUGCCGAUAGAUGGGGUACGACGGGCACACACACACGCAAGGACUUUGGUCCAUUCUUUUACAAAUCGCAAACGCGAUAACAAUUGUCUGCACGCACCCCCCCUUCCCCCCGCGUGUCCCAGAUUCGGGGACCUAAGGGGAGAAUCCAACGCCAGCCACCACCACCACCACCACUCAAACCAGACACACACACACACACACACAUAACAUCAUUGUGCUUUUCGCGCGCAUUCACCCGAGCAAAUCAAGCGCGAGCGGAAACGAGGAACCUGCUGCUACGCUUCGUACCGCAAGUAUAUGAAACGCAACAUAUAACCAACCCGCAGAAACGUGCACGAGAGAGAGAAGAGAGAGAUCGGAAUCAGAAAAAAUCCGCAACCUCCUCUCACCACAAAUCAUACAGUCAUCAUCUUUCUCCUUUUGUAACAAAUAAAAUAAAUAGAAAAGAGUAAAAGUGCGCGGCAGGCAGUCACCACACCACCCCCUUCUUGCUUGCUUCUCCCUUUACUGGAAUUUCCCUGAACCAGGUAAAGUCGCGAUGCCCAUCUGUUUUUCGUUAUCCACACUCGGUCGCUCGUACACACCAGUUUUCUUCUCUCUCUCUCUCUCUCUCUCUCUCUCUCUCUCUCUCUCUCUCUUGUGUACUACCACGCGCUGCGCUGCCUGCCUGCCUGCCUGCCUGCAUAGUACAUACAUAUGCAAUGCAAGUGCAGGACCGCCAUGUGGCCACGGCAACUAAAAGUAGCCCAACGCGCUAAUCCAAAAGCAGUAAAACUAAAAGGCGUGUAGUAAGAAAAUGGUCGACAUGGGGAUGGAUAGUAAGCACUGCCCUGCGCUUGCUUAAGAGAGCGAGUGUGAGGGGAGAGAGGGAGAGGCUGGGGCGCUUUUUUUCGCUGCUUUUGCCCUGCCCUGCCCUGGGGAUUAAUGUGGGACCCCUGAGGUUUGGGGCGGGCACGAUACUCUCUCUCUCUCUCUGUCUUUCUCUCUCUUUUGCUCAAAGUGCUGCGGCUUGUUCCCUGGGUUUUCCGCCUUUCAUGAAAACAUCUACUGUUUGGAAGGAUGGGCUCUUCUUCGCGCAAUUUCC